CAGUAGGUAAAACGUGAUCACAGUGUGUGACGCAAAGCACAGUAGAGCACCUGUGCUGCACGUGCAGCGAGUUUCAUUCCCCGCUGGAGCAGCGAUAUGAAGACCAGGCUUCAAGGUUUGAAUUGGAGACUCCACUUAAAGAGGCACAAGAUGAUGCCUUGGAUUUAGCUGGCCCACAUGAGUGAUAUGAAUAACACACUGGACAAAAUACACACUUCUGGAAGCCUUGGAGACAAAGCAGAGAUUUUUCAGAGUGCCAGUGGUAAUGUGAGUGGCUUUCCCAGCCCAGCCCUCAUCCCUUUGCGAGCUCCUUUACUGAUGCCAAAUGCCCAAAGGAUCAGAACUACACUCUGCAAGGGGAACAGGAGCAAUAAAGAAGGAGAGGAGUCAUUCUGUUCCCCUGUUCCAAACCCUUUUCCUGAGCUUAUCCCUUCAGCCCUCGCCCCCCUUGUCUCUGAAUGUUUAUUACCAUGGACCAAAAGUAGUGCAACUCAGGUAAUCAAAGUUUAUAGUGAAGAUAACACCAGCAGAGCAGUAGAGGUUCCCAUUGACAUCACAGCCAGGGACAUAUGCCAACUGUUUGUCUUGAAGAAUCACUGCAUUGAUGACCACAGCUGGACUCUUUUUGAACACAACUCUCAUCUGGGAAUAGAGAGAACCAUUGAAGACCAUGAGUCUGUUAUGGUGGUGCUAUCAGGCUGGGGAAUGGACACGGACAACCGGCUGUAUUUUAGGAAGAAUUAUGCUAAAUAUGAAUUCUUCAGGAAACCUCUGGACUUUUUCCCAGAUCACAUGGUCUCCAUAUCAAGUGAAACCAAUGGGAUGGUGGAUCACUCUCAGCUUAUACAGACCUUUCUCAACUCCAGCACUUGUCCAGAGAUACAUGGCCACCUCCAUGCCAAAGAGCAAAGCAGGAAGUCUUGGAAGAAGUUUUAUUUUGUCCUGCGGAGGUCAGGGCUGUAUUUCUCUAAUAAGGGAACUUCCAAGGAACCAAGGCAUCUGCAGUUCAUUGCUGACUUUAGUGACAGCGAUGUCUACACAGUGUUGUCAGCCAAAAAACUACAUGGAGCACCUACAGAUUAUGGCUUCUGUGUCAAGUCCACAAAGUGUAGUUCAGCCCGGGACUUGAAGCUGCUUUGUGCCGAUGAUGAGCAGACCAGGACCUGCUGGAUCACAGCCAUGCGCUUGUUAAAGUAUGGGAUGCAACUGUACCAAAACUUUAUCCAUCCACAGCAGAAACAAAAAGCUUCACCAAUGAGAAGCACCUCAGAGAAUUCACUGGUGGCCAUGGACUUUUCUGGCCAAAAGAGCCGGGUGAUUGAGAACCCUUCUGAGGCGAUGUCUGUAGCUGUAGAGGAAGGCCUGUCAUGGAGGAGGAAAAGCUGCCACCGUCUGAGUGGCCACGGGAGCCCCUCCACAUCACAGAGCUCAGUGCUAAACAUAGCUCUACACUUGGCUCAGUCCUGGUUCCAUGGCAAACUCUCUCGGGAUGAGGCUCAGCGUCUGAUCACUCAACAGGGUCUUGUCGAUGGAGUGUUUCUUCUGAGGGACAGCCAAAGCAACCCCAAGACAUUUGUACUGUCACUGUGCCACAUGCAGAAAAUCAAACACUUUCAGAUCUUACCUGUGGGUGUGGGUGUGCAUGUAUAUGUGCGAAUACUUCACUGCAGGUGGAUGAUGAAGGAGCGUUAUUCUACAGUCUGGAUGAUGGUCACACCCGGUUCAGUGACUUGAUCCAGUUGGUGGAGUUUUACCAGCUAAACCGAGGGGUGUUGCCCUGCAAGCUCAAACACCACUGUGCCCGGAUCACCCUGUGAACAAGGGACCCAAGAGACCCCUCGAGGGCCCACUUGCUCCUUAACUCCGGGACCUUUCUAGACAAACACUCCUAUUGUUCUUGUGCCUUGAAGAAGAAAGAUACACAGGUGAACUGAUCAGCCCCGCUAACUGAAAACACUGUUAUCGUCCACAUUCAUGCUGUGGGACGUGGCCCCUUCUUUUGAAUUUGACAACAGACUGUAUAAUAACUGACUACAUGUGCUGAAGAUGAUUUGUUUGGUCUGGGGAACAUUACUCUUUGGCUCUGGCUCUAAUCUAUGGCUCUAAUGUACACAAGGUGGCUGUAAAUCCAUUGUGCAAAGUCCAAACACGACUUCUUGUGCUCUUGUUGAGCUGAAUGUGUACUGCAAACAGCUUGUGAUUGUAACAACAUCAUGACACUAGGUAAGUGACAUACGGUAGCUGGAAAUGGAGAUUUCACUGAAAACACUUCAACCGUAUGUCUUCUGCAGUAUGUGUACAGUAAUUAUAUGCACCUGUCAAUUAUGGUCUCUCAAAGCUUAUGAUGUUGAAUCCCAACAAGGCCAUCAACUUUUAUUUUAAAUUGUAUAAUGCUGGGAAUUGUAAUACACAAUACCUCUGCCCUGUUAAUUUUGAGUAAACCUAAGCUAUCUUACUUUUCAUUGUCAUUGUAUCUCGAAGUAUUCAGGUAUUUUUUUUUUUUUAAAGACAAUGAUUGUUGUUUUCUAUUUGAGAGAUAAAAUGACCUCUCAGGAAGUGUCACUGUGCAUGCCCUGUAAGCUGGACUGCGAAUGCUGUAGAGAGAAAAGGACAGGUAAAUGUACAGGUGGAGAGAAAUGGCACUCAACCUCACUAGUCUGCACUGUACAUUCAUUUUAAAUGUAUGUGAUUAAAUGCAAUCUUUGUAUUACAUAAAAUUAGUUGUGAAAUAUGUUUCAACAAGUUUAGAUAUAAGCAAUUAAGACGGAAAUCAGAAAUAAUGUGUGACUGAUUUUGAUUAUAUCUGAAUUCAUUGUAUAUUGAAAUUUUGGUUUUAUAUUUUCCAGAGAUCCAGGUAUACGGUUUGCAAAACAUGGGCUGUUUGUAUUUUGAUGUUAUUGCCACUGCUGUGGAUGAACAGUUGUUUUCAUAAAGCCAACAAUACAUCUGCUUUUAAAAACAA